AGGGACCCCAGAGUGGGGUCAGGGACCCCAUGGGAGGGCACAGACCCCAUGGAAGGGGCGCAGGCACCUCACAGAGGAGUGUCAGGGACCCCAUGGGUAGUUUUGGGGAGGAUGCUGGGACACGGGGGGUUUUUUAGGGACCCGAUGGAGGAUUUAGGGGCCCUGGGAAGGGUGCCUGGACCUUGGGGUGGGGUCAGAAGGAGCCCCCAAAGCUGCACAUGCAGUGACCCCAUGGGGGAAGGGGGGCUCUUCGCCGUCCCCCAGGUUUGGGGGCCCAUGGCAGAGCAGGACUGGGCGCUGGAGCCGGGCUGGCUCCUGUCCCCCGCCGGCCGCCCCUACCUGGACUCCAUCGUGCACAAGAACCAGCGGAGAGUGUUCGGUCUGCUGGAGCGCCCGGCGCUGCCGCCCGCGCUGGCGGUGCCCACGGUCACCUACAAACUCUUCCUGGCGGGCAGGAGCGGCGUCGGCAAGACAGCGCUGGUGGCCUGGCUGGGAGGGACCCCCGCGCCCCCCGCCCACCACGAGACCCUGGGCAUCGAGGCCACCACGCUGUUCUGGCCGGCCAAGCCCCGCGGCAGCGGCCGCCCCGUCCUGUUCCAGCUGCACCUCUGGGACUGCGGGGACGGAGCGCUCAAGAAGUUCGAGCACCUGCUGCCCGCCUGUAAGGAGGAGGCGGACGCCGCCCUGUUCCUGUUCUCCUUCACGGACCGCGCGUCCUUCGAGGAGCUGCCGGCGCUCAUGGGCCGCGUGCUGGGCCCCGGGGACCGCCACCUCGUCAGGGUGGUCGUGGGCACCAAAUUUGACCUGGUCCCGCACACGGCCGUGACCGAGGGGGACGUUCAGGCCUUCGAGGGCUCGCAGGGACUGCGGGUGCUGCGGGCCGGGGGCGCCGCGGGGCUGGCCCGGGUCGGCCCCGUCCUGGACGCCCUGGUGGAGGAGCUCUGGCGGCGCGACCAAGUGACCGCCGGGGUCAGCCCCGGGGACACGGGGGACACCCCCACCUGAACCCCCUCUUGGGGUGGGAGGGGUAAAAAGGUGGGGUUUUUUGUUAAAAUCAAUGAUUUUCUAAGAAAAAUAUCAUAAGUGGC